AUGGCUGCUCCAACCUCCAACCCCAAGGGACGCAACCUCCUCGCUGUCAUCGGUGACGAGGACUCGGUAACCGGCCUCCUCCUCGCAGGGAUCGGCGAUGUCAACGAGAAGCAGGACAAGAACUUCAUGAUUGUGGACUCGAAGACGCAGACUUCCGCCAUCGAGGCCGCGUUCCAGGAGUACACUGAGGACCGCAAGGAUAUUGCUAUCCUCCUUAUUAACCAGCAUAUCGCCGAGCGGAUACGUCCCACUGUUGACCGGUACCAGGCUGCGUUCCCCGCGCUCCUCGAGAUCCCUUCCAAGGAGCACCCGUAUGACCCAAGCAAGGACUCUGUCCUGAAGCGCGUGCAGAAGCUUCGCGGCGACUAA